AUGAAAAAUUUAGUUGCGCAGUGUUUUGUUCCGCCUGAUAAAGUAGUAGAAGAAUUUACGUGGAUUAAAGAUUCUGCUUCUGAUAAUUUAGAUGGUUUAAUUAUGUAUUUCGAAGAUACUUAUGUGGGACGUAUAAUGAAUCGAAAUAGACGAGCUGAACCAAGAUUUCACAUAUCGAUGUGGAAUUGUUUUGAACGUAUUGAAAAAGAAUUAGCUCGUACAACCAAUGCAGUAGAAGGUUGGCACAAUAGUUUUCACGUAACUAAAUUAGAUUAA